AUGGCCGGCGACCCCUGGCGGAGGGAGGAAGGGAAGGUCCCCGACGGCGGCGGAGGACGACCCUCGGCGGGGCCCGGGGGUCCCCUGCGGCUCCGCGACUGGCUGGUGCUGCAGAUCGAGAGCGGGAGCUACGAGGGGCUGCGCUGGGAGGACGAGGGCAAGACCCUGUUCCGCAUCCCCUGGAAGCACGCGGCCAAGCAGGGCUACCGGGCGCGGCGGGACGCGGCGCUCUUCAGGGCCUGGGCCAUAUACAAGGGCAAGCACCUGGAGGGCACUGACAAGGAGGACCCCUCCACCUGGAAGACACGGCUUCGCUGUGCUCUCAACAAGAGUGUGGACUUCCGUGAGGUGCGUGAGCGCAGCCAGCUGGACAUCUCCAACCCCUACAAGGUCUACCAGAUUGUGUCGGACAGCGCCCAUGGCCCAGGCUGCUGGCUGCACGUGCGGCUCUUCUACGGCGCCGAGCUGGUGCGGGAGGCCACCGCGCGCACCGCCGAGGGCUGCCGCCUGGGCCCGCGCGCCGCCGCCGCGGACGCGGCCGCCGAGCGCCUCCUGGGGCCGCCGCGCGAGGCCCAGGUGCGCUUCCCGGAGCCGCCGCCAGGGGCGCGCGCGCUGCGCCGCCUGCUGCCGCACCUGCAGCGCGGGCUGCUGCUGUGGGCGGCGCCCGAGGGCGUGUUCGCCAAGCGCCGGUGCCGGGGCCGCGUGUACUGGCGCGGCCCGCUCGCCCCGCACCGCGCGCGGCCCAACAAGCUGGAGCGCGAGCGCACCUGCCAGCUGCUGGACACGCGCCGCUUCCUCGAAGAGCUGCAGGCCCACCUGCAGGAUGGCCAUCCGGAACCCGAGUACCAGAUCCAUCUGUGCUUUGGCGAGGAGUACCCUGGGCCCCCGGACCAGCCCCAGGAGCGGCUCAUCAUGGCCCACGUGGAGCCAAUCUUUGCCCGAGAGCUCCUCCGUUACGCGAAGCACCACAGGCACAGUGCCCCGGGCGCCAGGCCCCAGGCCCCACAUUUCUGA